AACACAGACAGGUACAUCAUCAUCAAUUGAGUGGUUGCCCAUUUUUUUGAUACCCAAUCACUACGGUGCGACACAUUCGUGGCUGUUGGCUUUCCAACACAAUCCAAUGGUUGUUGUCCCGGAAAGACCAGUACCCACGCCUCAUGAGAAUGGCGCUCGAGAUACUUUCAAUACCUCCUUGCACAACGGAAUGUGAGCGGACCUUCAGCCUCGCAAAGCUCGCGAUAGGGUCACAACGACACUCCCUUGGCGACAACACCCUAUCAGAGCUUCAAUGUGUACGAAAUUGGGCGCGUGGGGAACUAGUUGGCAGCAUUGUAGCUUGAUGACAUUCUUGGAGGCCCAUCGUGUAUCUAUUCCGGGUUCGGAAUAACGGUAUCCAAGCUCUUUUCUUGGCAAGUCUCCCAAGUCAAGUCAAGUCGGGGGUCGAUCAAGUCAAGUCUGGCUACAAAUUCGUCAAGUCAAGUCAAGUCUGGCUUCGGACUUGACUUGACUUGACUUGGUGACAGCGCUGACCUGGCCAAUCUCAAGUCCAUA